AUGGCACAACCCGACCUUACCUCCCAUCACGUCAACUACUUAAUAUGGCGGUAUCUUCAAGAAUCAGGUCAUGGUGAUGCUGCUGUCUCACUGCAGCGCGCAUGGUUCCCGGAUCCGCAGAGUCUUCCCUUUGCGCGCCACAUCAAGACCCAUGCUCUCGUCUCGCUGGUCCAAAAGGGCCUGCAGUACCACGAACUGGAAUCCUCGCUUGACAAGCCGUUCGAGGCCAGUGCCUUGAAGCGCCGGGAUGACGAUGGCACAGACCAUCCGGCGGAGCCCGCGCGUGACCGCACAACCAAUGGACACUCACUUGAUUCCAGGUCGCGCAAGGAGACGAAUGGCGAUGAGUCUAUGGAAGUCGACGAUGAGAGCAAAGGCUCGGUGGAUGGCGACGGAGAUAUCUCCCCCGCCAAGGCCGCCGAUUUGGCGCCCGACACCGCCCUCCUGCAUGCCCAGGAUCACGUGCUCACCACUCGCUGGCGCCCCCGGGAUUCGACCCUACUUGUCGCUGCUGGCGAUACCUUUUGUAGCUUAUGGAAGCUAUCAUUAUCCUCGCCCCCGGAACAGAAUCGUUUUCUAGACCUGAAAGGUACCAAUGCCUAUGUAUCCGGCGUGGCCUGGGAUGCCCUCGGCUCCAAAUUAGCCGUGGCCACUAUCCGCGAUACGGAGAAGGGGGCGAUUACCAUGUAUAAUCCCGAAGGUAAUGUUGUGGAUCUCCUGCCUGAUCUCCCCCGUUUGAUCAAUGGUCUGCAUUGGUCAAAAGAUAGUCCACAGUUGGUCGUUGUGGCGUCCGAUGAACGAUCCUCGGAAUUGGCUCUUUGGGAUGACAGCCGCCGGCCGGAUGUGUACCCUCCACCACAGGCCAUCGACAGUCACGUCUACGAAUUGGCCUGGUGCGGACGCAAUCUGGUUUUCGCAUGCGGAGAUGGGGCUGUCUACCAAUGUGAGGUGGACGAUAACAUCCGCCUGACAAAAACCUACAAUUCUCGGGACACCGACACCGCUUGGACUUUUGUUCGUUCCGUUCAUACAUCAUCAUACUCUGUUGCAGUUGCCGCAAGCUCUACGAAUUGCUCGAUUUGGAUUCCGACACAUGAUAUUUUGAUCGAAAAUCCCCACCAAGAUGCAAUCACUGCAAUUGAUAUUCGACCUGCUGAACACCAUUCACAACAAAAUUCCACAAUCACAAUCGCCUCUUUUUCAACCGAUAACUUUGUCCAUGUCUGGGAAGUGGACCUUGACUCGAAACAACAUAAACGCAUCCAUCGCCUACGCCUAGGGUCAUCAACCCCUGCUUUAGCUGGCAGCUUCUCGCCGGACGGAUAUGCUCUCUGUGCAGUCAGUGAACAGAAGCUCCUCAUUUGGAAUGCCGAGCGCGGCGGGGAGCCCAUGGCUAUAUGGAUGGCCCCCGGCCCAGAACAAGUCAAGGAAGACCCCGAUCACCCCACGAAUGGACAGAAUGGUCACGCAGCAACGGCCCCCAAUCGAGAUCUAUCUUGGGAUCACGACGGCAAAAAGCUUGCGUAUGGCUUCGGCGAUCAGGUAAUACGCACUUCCCCUAGGCAAAUUAUGCCGAAGCUAACUCUUCUAGAUGGCCAUCAUCAAUCUUCAGCGGUGACUAGGGUAGCUGGCUCUCCCAUUUAA